AUGAGGAGAUUGAAUUUUCUUAGGAUCCUUCUGGUGGCACUCGCGUAUGGAGGAGGGGUCAGAGCUCAGAAUCCAACGGCAUACGUGCCGAGAGUUCCAACACCAGGUGCGGAGACGGGCUUCUGCACUCCGCCGCCUGGGGGAAUUUGCUCGACGACGAGUCAGGCCUCGAGUAAAACAAGUCUCCCACAUUUCUCCCCAACCUGGCCCGCAACCCUACGUCCCAACCCCUCCCAGGCCGCAACUGUAACCGCACUCCUCUCGUCCCUCCAAUCUACUUGGAUAGCGCAGCCAUCUUACACCUCCCUCGCCUCCGCAAUCUACCUCUCAGCACCGACAGAUGCGCAGUUCAGCUUAGCGGUGAUGGGGUGGGAUUGGGAUCGCAUUGUAAGGAGUGAGUGGUAUAAUGGAGGGACAUACAAUCAUAGUGGGAACAUGGUUAGGUAUGGGGGCGUGGGAGAGAUUUGGAGGGGUGUGGUUGAGAGGCAGGAGAAGGUAUUGCAGAAGGGCUUUGAUGGCGUUUUUGGAUUGAAGAGUGAAGCUGAGAAUUCGGGGACGGUGGGCAGAGAUGUAGGCGUGGUUUUGUGGUACAGUAUGGUUGUGGUAUGGUUUGGGGGCUUGGUGCUGUUUUUAUGA